CUCCUUUUCUCCCUGUCUCUGACCUGACCAUCUCUCACUCUCGCGCUCAUCACGGGUCACCUCUGUUGAUUCCCUCCCAGACUGUCGCCUUAAUCACUCGUUGCAUCAAUUUCCCCUUGCCCGUCGUCCUCCCACGGGCUGACAUCUUGCAUCUCCUCCCUUUGAUUCCCCCGCAGCUGCCACUCGCGCAGUCGCAUCCCUCACCAUGGCCCAGUUGACCCAGGGCGCCGCCGCCUCCUUCUACUCCUUCGGCAAUGCCUCCUCCUUCACCAACGUCCCCGUGCCCGAAGUGGCCAAGUCGCUCUACCUCUCCGCCCUGCAGCAGCCGUACGCCGCCGUCGGCAUCACCCUUGUCCUCGCCGUCCUCCUCGGCAGCGUCCUAGGCUUUGGCAAGAAGAAGCUGCCUCCGGGCGUGAAGCCACUGCCCAUGCACUCCGGCCUUCCCCCGGAACCUGGUAUUGAGGCUGCAUGGUACUUUGGCGCGCUCCACAAGAAGUAUGGCCCGAUUUACGCGUGGAAGAUUAUGGGCAUCACACACAUCUGGAUCGAGACCGACGAGGUGUCCCGCGAUCUCUUUGUCAAGAGACAGCGCAAGUACUGCGACCGCAACCCUCUCCCGGCUUCCGUCGGUAUCCGCGAGGGCAAGGAAGUCCUCCCAUUGAUGGCUUACUCCGAGACCUGGAAGAGGUACAAGAACUUCAUGCACUUCAUCAUGAAGGACGCCAGCCCCAAGGCCUUUUACGGCUGGCCGGCGAUUGAGAACAAGCGCACCAUCCGUCGUCUGUUGGAGGCUCCCGAGCGUUGGUCCGAACACAUGAUUGUCCACUGCUCCCGCACCAUCGGCAGCAUUGCUUGGGGCGAUCCCGAACACGGCAACAAGCUUCUCACCAUCGUCCCCGAGCUCCUCAAGGCCGUGUCUCCCGCCGGUCCUCUCAUCAACAAGCUCACCUUUUUGAUGCACUUGCCCGCUUUCAUCUCUCCAUGGAAACGCUCCGAGGCUCGCCGCAAGCAGGAAAUGACUGAAGCUUUCUACGAAGCACUCGACGAUGUCAAAGAACGCAUGAAGACCGGCGAUGUCCAGCCUUGCUGGAGCACUCUCUGGUGGGACGAGAACGCAAAGGGCGUCGACGCCAAGAAGCUCGAUUACCACGAGGCUGCACACGCCAUCGGAAGCAGCAGUUUCGUUGCCAUUGCUACCAUCGGUGGACCUCUCCACGCCUUCUUCCUCGCCAUGUGCCACUACCCCGAGUGGCUGCCGAAGAUGCAAGAGGAAAUCGAUCGCGUCUGCGGUGAUAGACUCCCAGCUGCAGAGGACAUUCCCAACAUGCCUAGACUUCGCGCCACCACCAAGGAGAUGUUGCGAUGGAGACAGUCGACACCCCUUGGUGUGCCUCAUGUCACCCUCGAGGACGACAUCUACAAUGGUUACUACAUUCCCAAGGGCGCCAUCUGCCACGCAAACAACUACCUCAUCAGCCGUGAACCCAAGCAAUUCCCCAAGGCCGACCAGUUCAUUCCCGAGCGCUGGCUUGAUCCUGCGUACCCGACGUACAAAGAGCCCCUGACUGAGUUCCCCAACCUUCGCGGCGACAUCGCAUUUGGCUAUGGCAACCGCGGCUGCCCCGGCACCGACCUGACCAGCCUCGAACUGUUCACGCUCUUUGGUGCGCUCGCCGCCGUGUACGACAUCAAGAAGCCCGAAGGAACCGACCACCUCCCGUGGUACGAGGUCCACCCCUACGUCAUCACCAUGACUCUUCCCUUCCCCGUCGACAUCAAGCCGCGAAGCGAGAAGAAGCGUCAAUGGAUCCUCGACAACUGCCAGGAUGCCGGCUGGACCUUGAAGACCAAGGACCAGGUGACUUCCCGCUGGGACGUGCUCGACAAGGAGAAGGACGGCUCUCCGUUCUCGUGGCAGGGUGUCUGCGUGCCAUACGUCCGGCCCAAGGUCCCGCGAGUCUACCCCGAGGGCGUGUAAAACGGCAUCAAAAGCGAGAGGGUGGUUUUGUACAGAUAUCCAUUGCCUGGCCUAAUAACCCAACCAGCUCUUCGCCCAGGACUGAUGCAGCGGCAUGCUUGUGGAUGCGAAUGGCUUGGUGAUGGCGAGGGCGUGGCUGCUCUUUGAUCUCGGCGCGUGUAAGCUAGAGUUCAUGUUCUUGCCAUUUUGACAUGAGUUUGCGAGGAAAUAUAUUCAUCUACAUAGCGCGUUGGAAAUUGAUUGAAGCUCCAA